CGUCCCACUCCUGUGUGUUGCCUAACGUCGGGUUGUUGCCGCUGGUUCCUGGUCCAACUCCGAGCAUUGCGAUAUGAAGCUGAGCGGAGCGCCAGAGACGAGCUAGCGCGAGCUGCAUCCACGCACGGACGCCCCACGGAGCCCACCGGCCUUUCACCGUGUCACACCGGAGCCUCCCUCCCUCGGCGCGUCCGUUAGCCGCAGCAGCAGGACGGGAUGCCCGACAGCCGCGGGACAACAGGCAGACCCAGAGCCAGGCCACCGCAGGUGCUAGCGUGGUUCCGUUCCAUCUAGCGCUCACCGACACCGGCACCGGCACCGGCGUGGGGCACCAUGGGCUUCCUGCACCAGCUGCACCUGCUGCUGUGGAAGAACGCCUCGCUGAAGCGGAGGGGGCCGUGGGUUUUGGCCUUCGAGCUCUUCAUCCCUCUGGUCCUCUUCUUCAUCCUCCUGGGCCUGAGACAGAAGAAGCCGGCGAUUCCUGUCAAAGAAGCCUUCUACAGUGCAGCGCCCCUCACCUCCGCUGGCAUCAUUCCCAUCAUGCAGUCGCUCUGCCCAGAUGGACAAAGGGACGAGUUUGGCUUCCUGCAGUACAAGAACUCCACUGUGACCCAGCUGCUGGAGCGAAUCAGUGAAGUGGUUGAACAGAACCGACUCUUCACGUCUGACAGGCCCGCUUUGGGUCAGGAGCUGGAGACCCUUCAGAGGCACCUGGAGAGUCUCACUUCCUCCGCUCUGCCACCAGACUACAACUUCAGCAGCAACCAAGACACAGGCUUCACGCUGGCCAGCGUGCUGAAGAACCAGUCCGUCUUCCAGCAGUUCCUGGACACCAACCUCUCUCUGUCCAACUCAACAAGCAGCCUGCUGCUCCACAGCCCAGUCAGCACCACGGAGGUGCACAGGCUGAUCUUUGGGACAUCUCUCCGACACGGAGAAGACACAAGCUGGAUGCAGAAGGCAAAAGAUGUCAGAUAUAAAAGUGGAGACAAGGUUUCUCACCUGGAGGAGAAGCUGCUGGGAGACGUGCGCAGCCUGGACGGAGGUCUGCUACAAAAAGCCCUACGUGAGCGGAUGAGAGCGUCCCACAGACGGGCUCUGCUCAGGCUCGUGUACCGGGUUUUAGGCCUCAGCGAAGCCCCAGACAACCAGGGGAGUGACCAGCAGGGGCUGAGGGAGAUGGAGGAGCUGCUGGUGACCGGGGCCGUGCUGGAGGCCUUCACCUGUGGGCCGGACCCGCCCUCUGACCUCAGCAGGCUCCUGCUGGUGCCCGCGGCGCAGCUGCAGAGCUACCGCGGCGCCGCGUGCAGCGGAGAGCCCGGUCAGCGGGCGGAGCGCUUCAGGCAGCUGGGCCUGGUGCUGAGAGAGCAGAUCAACACGCAGCGCGUUCUGGAGAAGCUUCACUUGGACCAGCCCGGUUCUGCAGUUCCUCUGUCUCAGUCCCACCUCUGGGCCCUGCUGAAGGACCUGGCUGAUGUGGAGAGGCUGCUGAAGGACGUGGACCUGCUCUCGGGACUGGCCCGCCUGCUGCCCAAAGGAGCCUGUGCUCGUCGAUCUCCAGCCUUUCCUGCGAACACGAGCGCUCCCCUCAACACCACCACCCCGGGCCUCAACACAACGGACACUGAGGAGGAUGGAGAGGAGGGAACCGAGGGGGGGGGUGGAGCAGGAGGAGGGGACGGGAAGGAGGAGGCGGCCAAUCCCCACUCUCAGUUUUCAGCAUUUGUGCAACUGUGGGCUGGGCUGCAGCCCAUUCUGUGUGGGAACAACAGGAUCAUUGAGCCAAAGGCCUUGAAGCAGGGCAACAUGAGUUCUCUGGGCUUCACCAGCAAAGAGCAGAGGAAUCUGGGCCUCCUGGUUCACCUGAUGACUACAAAUCCCAAGAUCCUCUAUUCUCCCAUUGGCUCCCAGGUGGAUAAAGUGAUUCAGAAGGCAAACGAGACGUUCGCCUGUGGGAACGUGACCCACUAUGCGCGCGUGUGGCUCAACAUCUCUGCUCAGCUCAGGACUUUCCUAGAGGAGGGUCGGCUGCACAGCCACCUGCUUUGGCUACAGCAGCUGUCGUCAGAGCUCCAGCAGCACCCUGAACUGCUCAACGGCACUGACAGCGAGCUGAUGCAGAGUCUGAUGGAGGGCAACUACAGUCUGCCCAACACGUCGGCGCUGCUGGAGCAGCUGGACACCAUCGACAACGCGGCCUGUGGCUGGACACGCUUCAUGUCUAAGGUCAGUGUGGAUGUCUUCAAGGGCUUUCCUGAUGAGGACAGCAUUGUGAACUACACCCUGAACCAGGCCUACCAGGACAACGUGUCUGUGUUUGCCAGUGUGAUUUUCCAGACUAAUAAAGAUGGGUCUCUGCCGCCGCAUGUUUUCUACAAGAUAAGACAAAACUCCAGCUUCACAGAGAAGACAAACGAGAUCAGACGGGCCUAUUGGCGCCCCGGACCCAACACUGGGGGGCAAAUUCUAUUUCCUCUCGGCUUUGUGUGGAUCCAAGACAUGAUAGAGAGAGCCAUCAUCAACACGUUUGUGGGCCGUGAUGUGGUGGAGCCUGGUAACUAUGUCCAGAUGUUCCCGUACCCUUGCUACACCAGAGACGAUUUUCUGUUUGUCAUCGAGCACAUGAUGCCUCUCUGCAGCAUCUCCUGGGGUUACUCCGUGGCCAUGAUGAUACAGCACAUCGUGGCUGAGAAGGAGCAUCGACUCAAAGAGGUGAUGAAGAUGAUGGGGCUGAACAAUGCGGUCCACUGGGUGGCCUGGUUCAUCACUGGCUUUGUCCAGUUGUCCAUUUCUGUCACUGCUCUCACAGCAAUUCUGAAGUACGGCCGGGUGUUGCUGCACAGCGACCCGUUCAUAAUCUGGCUCUUCCUCACCAUCUAUGCUGUGGCCACCAUCAUGUUCUGUUUUCUGGUUUCUGUUAUCUACUCUAAAGCCAAGUUGGCUUCAGCUUGUGGAGGAAUCAUCUACUUCCUCAGCUACGUGCCCUACAUGUACGUGGCCAUCAGGGAGGAGGUGGCCCACGAUAAGAUUACGGCCUUCGAGAAGUGCAUCGCUUCUCUGAUGUCCACUACAGCCUUUGGUCUGGGAUCCAAGUACUUUGCUCUGUAUGAGGUAGCAGGUGUUGGCAUCCAGUGGCGAACCAUCAGCCAGUCGCCAGUAGAGGGCGAUGAUUUCAACCUGGGGCUCUCAAUGAUGAUGCUCAUCAUCGAUGCUGCUGUGUAUGGUGUGCUCACCUGGUACAUUGAAGCUGUGCAUCCAGGGAUGUAUGGGCUGCCUCGCCCAUGGUACUUCCCCCUGCAGAGAUCCUAUUGGUCAGGCAGCGGGCGGGUCGAGACCUGGGAUUGGCCGUGGUGCGGGGGCGGCGCUGCCAGGCUCAGUGUGAUGGAGGAGGAUCAGGCUUGUGCAAUGGACCAGCGGAGAUCUGAAGAGAUGCGAGGCAUAGAGGAGGAGCCGAGUCACCUGCCGCUGGUGGUGUGUAUAGACAAACUGACUAAAGUAUACAAGACCGGCAGCAAAGUGGCCCUGAACAAGCUGAGCCUCAACCUCCAUGAAAACCAGGUGGUUUCCUUCCUGGGACACAACGGUGCUGGGAAAACCACAACUAUGUCCAUUCUGACGGGCCUUUUCCCGCCCACGUCUGGCUCCGCCACCAUAUAUGGUCACGACAUCCGCACAGAGAUGGAGCGCAUCCGCCAGAACCUGGGCAUGUGUCCUCAGCACAACGUGCUGUUUGACAAGCUGAGUGUGGAGGAGCACCUGUGGUUCUACUCCAGACUCAAAGGCAUGGCUGAGGAGGACAUACGCAAAGAGAUGGACAAGAUGAUCGUUGACCUGGAGUUGUCCAACAAGCGGCACAGCCUGGUUCAGACCCUGUCUGGAGGAAUGAAGAGGAAGCUGUCAGUGGCCAUCGCGUUUGUGGGAGGGUCCCGGGCGGUCAUCCUGGACGAGCCCACGGCGGGGGUGGACCCCUACGCACGCAGGGCCAUCUGGGACCUCAUCCUCAAGUACAAGCAGGGCCGGACCAUCCUGCUGUCCACCCACCACAUGGACGAGGCCGACCUCCUGGGCGACCGCAUCGCCAUCAUCUCACACGGAAAACUCAAGUGCUGUGGUUCACCGCUCUUCUUGAAGAGCACCUAUGGAGACGGAUACAAGCUAACACUAGUCAAAAGACAGAGUGAGGGCAGAGGUCAGAGCAGCCAGCUGCACACUCCUUCCUCUCCGUCCUCCUCCCAGUCGCCUUGCUCAGAGGCUCACGUCACCCAGUUCAUUUGUCGCUUUGUGCCGUCCUGCCUGUUGGUUUGUGACUCCAACACGGAGCUGUCCUACGUGCUGCCCUCUGAGGCUGUGAAGAAGGGCUGCUUCGAGAGGCUCUUCCAGGCUUUAGAGCAGAGCUUGGACGACCUGGCCCUCACCAGUUUUGGAGUGAUGGACACCACCCUGGAGGAAGUAUUUCUCAAAGUGUCGGAGGAGGAUCAGAGUCUGGAGAACAGCGAUGCUGACAUGAAGGGCUCUCCAGGAGGCAGCUCGGUGGGGAAGUCCUCCGUGGCAGGAACCCCGGGUGAGACGGGAACAGUGGAAGGAGAGAAUAAUCUGGUGACGUGCUCCAGCAUGAGUCAGAGCCGGUCGUCCCUGAAGUCCAGCUCGUCCAGCGGCUCAGUGAGGGGGGAUGAGGGGGGGCUCUACGCAGACUUCUAUGGAGACUACGCCCCCCUGUUUGACAACGGCCAAGAGUCUGACUCCGGCAGCCUGAGGGGAGACGCAGAGGACUCGUCCCCGGAGCCGCAGGCCUUGGAGGGCCAGGGCAGCUUCAAGCUGGAGGGCUGGUGGUUAAAGCUCAGCCAGUUCCACGGCCUGAUCACCAAGAGGUUCCACUGUGCCAAGAGGAACACGAAGGGCCUGUUCUCCCAGAUCCUGCUGCCUGCCUUCUUUGUCUGUGUGGCCAUGACCGUGGCUCUGUCUGUGCCUGAGAUCGGUGAUCUGCCUCCACUGAUACUGUCCCCAUCUCAGUACCACAACUAUACCCAGCCCAGAGGCAACUUCAUUCCGUAUGCUAAUGAAGACAGACCCCAGUACAGGAGCAAGCUGCUGUCAGAUGCUGGGCCACAGAAGAUCGUCACCACCCUCCGCCUGCCCUCGGGGGUGGGAGCUACCUGCGUCCUUAAAACCCCCUUCAACAGCACCCUGGACCAGCUGGCCCAGACCCUCAACCCCAGCGCCAACAACUCCAAGACUCUGGCUGCGCGCUACUUCGACUCCAUGUGUCUGGACUCCUUCACGCAGGGCGUCCCCCUCUCCAACUUCGUGCCCCCCCCUCCUUCACCGGCCCCUUCAGAUGAGCCAGACCCUCGCUUUGAGGACAGACUGUGGAAUUUCACCGUCGCCCCUCCGACCACAGUCCACAAACCUGCCACGUCUCCUCCUCCGCUGCCCCUGUCCGUCCAUGAGCCCGUGCGCUGCACCUGCUCCAUGCAAGGCACCGGCUUCUCCUGCCCCAGUGGAGUGGGAGGACACCCGCCGCUCACGAAGGUGGUGACGGGAGACAUCCUGGUGGACGUCACAGGACGCAAUGUGUCUGAGUACCUGCUCUUCACGUCCGACAGACUGCGCCUGCACAGAUAUGGAGGUCUAACAGUGGGCAACAUACAGAAAUCAAUCCCAGCAUCCUUUGGGAGAAGAACGCCUCCGAUGGUUCGUAAGAUUGCGGUCCGCAGGUCAGCUCAGGUUCUAUACAACAACAAAGGCUACCACAGCAUGCCGACGUAUCUGAAUGUGCUCAACAACGCCAUCCUGCGUGCCAACCUGCCCGCGUCCAAGGGAAACCCCGCCGCCUACGGCAUCACACUGACAAACCACCCCAUGAAUCGCACCAGCGCCAGCCUCUCCCUGGACUACCUGCUUCAGGGGACAGACGUGGUGAUCGCCAUCUUCAUUAUUGUGGCCAUGUCCUUUGUGCCCGCAAGUUUUGUAGUUUUCCUGGUUGCAGAGAAGUCCACCAAGGCGAAACAUCUGCAGUUCGUCAGUGGCUGCGACCCCGUCAUCUACUGGCUGGCUAAUUACAUCUGGGACAUGCUGAACUACCUGGUUCCUGCCACGUGCUGCGUUAUUAUUCUCUUUGUGUUCGACCUGCCAGCCUACACCUCCCCCACAAACUUCCCCGCUGUCCUCUCUCUCUUUCUUCUGUAUGGGUGGUCCAUCACUCCCAUAAUGUACCCAGCAUCCUUCUGGUUCGAGGUUCCCAGUACAGCCUACGUUUUCCUUAUCGUAAUCAACCUCUUCAUCGGCAUCACUGCAACUGUUGCCACCUUCCUUCUUCAGCUCUUUGAGCAUGACAAGGAUCUGAAAAAGGUGAACAGUUAUCUGAAAUCCUGUUUCCUCAUCUUCCCCAACUACAACCUGGGCCAUGGCCUGAUGGAGAUGGCCUACAACGAGUACAUCAACGAGUACUAUGCUAAGAUAGGUCAGUUUGAUAAGAUGAAGUCUCCAUUUGAGUGGGACAUCGUGACUCGAGGACUCGUUGCCAUGACAGUCGAAGGCUUUGUUGGCUUCCUCAUCACCAUCCUCUGCCAAUACAACUUCCUGAGGAAACCUUCGAGGGUGCCAGUCAGCUGCCAGCCUAUCGACGAUGAUGAUGUGGACGUGGCCUGUGAGAGACGUCGGGUUCUGCGAGGAGAUGCUGACAACGACAUGCUGAAGAUUGAGAACCUCACCAAGGUGUAUAAGUCCAGGAAGAUGGGUCGGAUCCUGGCGGUAGACCGGCUGUGCCUGGGCGUCCGACCCGGGGAGUGUUUUGGGCUGCUGGGGGUGCGGAACGGAGCUGGGAAAACCACCACCUUCAAGAUGUUGACGGGAGACGAGUCCACCACUGGAGGAGAAGCCUUCAUCAAUGGAAACAGGUAAUUGUCUCACCUGUUACGUGUUCAGCAGAGUAUCGGAUACUGCCCUCAGUUUGACGCCCUGUUUGACGACCUGACGGCCAGAGAACAUCUUGAGCUUUACACCCGCCUUCGUGGUGUUCCCUGGAAGGACCGUGACAGAGUGGUGCAGUGGGCGUUAGAGAAGCUGGAGUUGUCCAAGUAUGCAGACAGGCCUGCUGGCACCUACAGUGGCGGCAACAAACGCAAGCUGUCAACUGCCAUCGCUCUGAUCGGAUACCCAUCACUCAUCUUUUUAGAUGAGCCCACCACUGGCAUGGACCCAAAGGCCCGCAGAUUCCUCUGGAACCUAAUCCUGGACAUAAUCAAGACAGGGCGCUCUGUGGUGCUGACGUCCCACAGCAUGGAGGAGUGUGAGGCUCUGUGCACCAGGCUGGGUAUCAUGGUGAAUGGCAGGUUUAAAUGUCUGGGCAGCAUACAGCACCUCAAGAACAGGUUUGGAGAUGGCUACAUGAUCACAGUGCGGACGAAGAGCAGUUCCAACGUGAAGGAGGUGGUUCGAUUCUUCAACAGGAACUUCCCAGAGGCUGUGCUGAAGGAGCGUCACCACACCAAGGUGCAGUACCAGCUGAUCGAGCGCAUCUCUCUGGCUCAGGUCUUCAGUAAGAUGGAGCAGGUGGUGGAGGUGCUGGGCCUGGAGGACUACUCUGUCAGUCAGACCACUCUGGACAAUGUGUUUGUCAACUUUGCCAAGAAGCAGAGCGACAACCUGGAGCAACAGGAGGCGUCGCCCUCAGGUGAGGGACAGUCCCCCCUGCAGCACAUCCUCAGCCUGCUCAAGUCUCGCUCGGCCAGCACGGAGCUCAGCGCUCUGAUCAGUGAGGCGGCGGAGGAGCUGGAGAGCGACGAUGACGAAGGCCUGAUCAGCUUUGAGGAGGAAAGGGUGCAGCUCUCCUUCAGCACAGACACUCUUGUUGAAGCUUGCCUAUUAAGAGCGGGGACCCCACCUCCUGGUCCAGGAGCCGCAGGAGGACGGCGCUGCCGACUUAACCUUGACGUGGACCAAACUCUCCCCCCAUAGAAUGAAGGAGCAGCAGUUUCAGUGUUUCAGCCUCAAACCGUGUCCGUGUGACCUGCAGAUGUGUACAGCAACGGGAGAAGCCGCCUUGAGGAUUAAGACUUUGUCCUGGAACAGGUCCGUUUGAGUGAUGAAGAAUGUAUCCUGAUUGCAGCCGGUUGCAUCCUUAACACCAGGUGUUGACGCCUCCUGCAAAGGUCCAGAUAAGACCUGAAUAUGAAAGCAGACCCACCCUGAGAGCAUCUGUGAUGACGUUGACGCCCGGCGGUUUGUAAUGUAAUACAGUCUAUUUUGUGGUGACAGGAAUGAUUUAUUUUGGAUACUGAAGCAGCUCUAGACUGAUGGAUGAUAUACUUUGCACUAACGAGGUUCUCCUGAAUGGUGUGGUCGCGCCUUUUCUUUGAACUUGAUGUCAGAUACAGAAGGAAUGUACGUCCAUGGCAUGAUUAACGCCCGAAUGGUGCCUCCCUCUUAUCAACUUGUUUGGUCUCUUUCUACUGAAUGCUCUGUUUGCGCUUUUAACAUAUCAUCAUUGUGGACUGCCAAGAACAUCCUCUGUAAACCGGACACAGUGUAUAAUACUAACAACAGUCCAGAACAGGUCUGAGGGACAAUGAUGCACUACAUCACUGUGAUACUAAAGGAACCUUCAGAUCAGAGUCAUUUGUUUUAACCUGGGUUGAGGAUGCCUUUAUGAUUUGCAGGGUUUUCUAUGGACGCGUGUGCAGUGUAUCCACGUUCACUAGGACGUUCUCUUCUCUGGUCAUAAGACGUGAGGGCAUGUGAUCUUAAUUAGGUUGGUGAUAAUUGAGUGUAACAUGUUCUGUCACUUGGCAACAAACAGUUUGCGAACCUUUUUGGAGUUUCAUAGUUUUCUGAAUCAAAAUGGCAAAUAUAACGAACCUAAAGUAACACAAGAGAAUUCUGUCAUCCUCAGGCAGAACAGCCUUGAGUCAGUGAGCUCAUCUGGGGUCAGAGGUUGUCACACAUGGAGAGAAUGGACUUGAUAGGAACCACACAAGGAGAAUAUGUUUGACGUUUGAGUGUAGCUGUGGCUGCUGUAGUGGACGCCAUGACAGCCAUCAGUGAGGUCAAGAAACAAGCCAGUAAUGGGAGGAGUAUGACAUCUGUUUAUGAGUCCACAUACGUCCAACAAGCAGUGUCUGAGAGGACACGGCUGGAAACGGUGCUCUGACGCCUCAGCGCUGCUCAACGCAGAACGCCAUGGAACCACAAAAGGUCUAGAUGUGUUUUAUGCCUCUGUGUAGUUACUGUUUCACUUCCUGCAGUCAUUCUUCUGGUGAUUAUUUUGUGACUUGUUUCAUAACUGAAGGGUUAUCAUUAAACAAGAAAAACUGA